AUGGAUUACCACGCUGGAGAGGAUAUUGUGAGUGGUGGUGCCUCUAACAUCGACCCAACGCAAGCAAGUCAGGACACUCGCCCUAAACGAAAGGUGAGCCUAUCGCUCAAGGCACUUGAGAAGUUCGCGAGCGACAAGGAAGAUUUUGGAAUUAAGCUCGACAGAGCAUGGGAAGAAACAGAAUCCAACGUCUCGUCCGUAUGUGCGUCCGCAGCGAAGGCAAGAGCCGAUGCAGAAACAGCCAAGGUCCGUUCUGCUAACAGUAAGAAAGAGGCAGAAUUGAAGCUUCGCAGAGCCCAGAUCGAAGAACAAGAACAGGUGGCAGCUGCCACAGCAAGGCGAAGGAAGGCUGAAUGGAAAGUUAGCUUUCAACUGUUACAGCAGGAAAGAGAUGUAGCAGCCGCGGAGACGCAAGCGCGGGUACUUGAGGUGGCCGCGGAGGCCGAAAAUCUGAAGCUCUACGAUGCUGUAACAGAUACUUCGGAAUUGGACAGGGAUCGAUUCGCUCACGGGACUCCUUCAGACGUUUUAACGAAAGACGUUCAAGUGACGGAGGAUCUCACGCUUGAGGGGACCCACACUGCCCAGUCGAAUGGGGAACAUACUCAACGCGCACAUCCCGCGAUGCGUCUUCUGCAGGGUAGUCUAUACGCGUCGCGGCAAGCGGAUGCUGUGCAGGAGAUUCGAGCUCACAAUACGCGCGGUUCCGCCGCUCCUUUGAAUGCCACUGAUUCAACCUUCGUACCAGUGGGACAACAAUUAAGUAUGGGGCAUCCGGUCAGGACGUCUAGCCCCGGAUGUGAAAGUGCUGGGGCGGGCAGUACGCAGUACGAAGAUAUCCUGACUGCACCAGCCCCCCAGGACCCGUCUUCGUUCAAGAACGCUACCAAUAAUUUGGACAUCACGGCGAGCGAGGAACUUGAUCUCAUGGUGAAGUGGCUGGGAAGAGAGUCUUCGCGACAUGUGAGGCGACUGCGAUCAGUGCACAUCAACAACCCUUCUGCUGGAGUGCGCAUGGCAUGGGAGAGAUUAGACGAGACCUUUGGCAGUGCAGAAGCAAUCGAGAACGCCUUGCUGAAGAGGCUCGACGGCUUCUCCAAGAUCUCUAACAAUGACCACCCGAGACUAAGAGAGCUCGGGGACCUGCUUCUAGAACUGGAGUCAGCGAAAUCGGACCCUCGUCUUUCAGGACUCAGCUACUUGGAUACUGGUCGUGGUGUGAACCCCAUCGUGGAGAAACUCCCUUCAAGCAUCCAAGAAAAGUGGAUCACACACGGGUCAAGGUAUAAGGAACAGAACCGAAACCGUCGAAAUGAAGACCGGUCCUCUCCUGGAAAUCCAGGCACUACACCGCCGGUGAUUGUGAACAAAACAGACGUCCAGUCUGCCCAAGCCAAUCAGACGACGCAUUCAACUGAACCGGUGGCACCUUCAUCCAAAGCAGUCAAGGACGCGGGCAAGGAAUGUCCUCUGCAUCGGAAGCCUCAUUCUCUGAACAAAUGCCGUGGCUUCCGUCAGAAACCUCUCACAGAAAGGAGGGCCAUGUUGAAGGAAUUCGGAGUCUGCUUCAGGUGCUGUUCGUCUAUCGAUCACUUCUCCAAGGACUGCAGAGAAUUGAUCAAGUGCAGUGUAUGCGGUAGCGACGGACACGCUUCGGCUCUCCAUCCAGAUCCUAUCCAGCACGAAAUGUCUCCUUCCACAAGACAUUCCCAGGAUGGCGGGGAGGAAGACAGCCACGUUUCGACGCCAGAAGUGAUGUCGAAGUGCACGAAUGUGUGUGGAGACAGCUCUUGGAAUAGGUCAUGUUCUAAGAUCUGCCUGGUCAGGGUUCAUCCAAAGAGUCAGCCAGAGCGGUCACGCAAAAUGUACGCUGUUCUGGACGACCAGAGUAAUCGAUCCCUGGCGAGGCCAAGCUUCUUCGACAUGUUCAACGUCCACGGAGACGACUCACCGUACACGCUCAAAACCUGCGCUGGCAUAAUCGAGACUACGGGAAGACGAGCAAACGGGGUCGUCGUGGAGUCUAUCGACAGACGUACUCAACUUCAGCUCCCAACCCUCAUCGAAUGCACUCAGAUUCCCGACGACAGGAGUGAAAUUCCUACACCGGAGGUGGCGCAUCACCAUCCACAUCUCAGAAAAAUAGCUCACCUACUUCAGCCUCUGGAAGACGACGCUGCGAUACUUCUUCUUUUGGGCAGAGAUAUCUUGCAAGUGCACAAGGUACGCCAACAGGUGAAUGGUAGCAGCAACGCUCCAUACGCCCAGAGGCUGGAUCUCGGCUGGGUCAUUGUAGGUGACAUCUGCAUCAAUGGCAUCCGGAAGCCGACAUCUAUCAAUGUGUUCAGGACUACGUUGAUCGAAGACAACCGCGCAAGCGUCUUCGCUCCGUGUCCGGGUCACGUCUUCAUCAGGGAGAAGAUCGUGCAGGACCCGUGCGUCGGCAACGCGGUCAACGAAAGGACUGGGCUGUGCGAUACUGUUCCACGCACUGCAGAUAUCGGCAGUUCAGUGUUCGAUACGACAAAGGACGACAACAAGAUCGCGCUCUCCAUUGAGGAUAGACAUUUCCUUGAGAUGAUGGAAGAAGGCUUCACGAUAGAUGAUGAAAACAGCUGGGUUGCUCCGCUGCCCUUCCGCGCACAGAGACGUGUACUGCCAGACAACCGGGACCAAGCAAUGUCUCGAUUCACGUCGCUUCGCCGUACAUUGGAAAGGAAGCCGGAGGUGAAGAACCACUUCUUGGCGUUCAUGGCCAAAGUCCUCGCGAACGGACACGCCGAGUUGGCCCCGGAGAAGAGCAAUGGACAGGAAUAUUGGUAUCUUCCCAUCUUCGGCGUAUAUCAUCCAAGAAAGCCAGGACAAAUACGUGUCGUCUUCGACUCCAGCGCCAAAUUCCAAGGCAUUUCUCUGAAUGAUGUGCUCUUGUCUGGGCCCAACCUUGUGAACAGCCUCCUCGGAGUUCUACUUCGAUUCCGCAAAGAAGCAUUCGCUGUCACUGCGGACAUACAGCAAAUGUUCUACUGCUUUGUCGUCCGUGAAGAACAUAGAGACUUUCUCAGAUUCUUCUGGUUCCUGGACAACGACCCGACCAAGGAAGUGGUGGAGUACAGGAUGCGAGUUCACGUGUUCGGAAACAGUCCUUCACCGGCUGUCGCAACGUACGGUCUGCGACGAACGGCCAUAGACGGUGAAGAGCAGUUUGGAACCGACGUCAGGGAAUUCGUGGAAAAAAAUUUCUACGUUGACGAUGGACUUACAUCUCUCCCUGCCGAACAGGCUGCCAUCGAUCUUCUCCGAAGGACGCCGGACAUGCUGUCAACAGCGAACCUGCGACUGCAUAAGAUAGCCUCUAAUAGUGUCACUGUGAUGAAAGCUUUCUCAUCGGACGAAUACGCCACGGACCUAAAGGACCUGGAUCUGGGAUCGGACGUGCCUCCAUCACAGCGUAGCCUGGGCCUACGUUGGGACAUCAAAGGCGACACCUUCACGUUCCACGUUCCUCCAAACGAGAAGCCACACACAAAGCGGGGAGUCUUGUCGACAGUCAACAGCCUGUACGACCCAUUGGGAUUCGCUGCGCCUGUCACGAUACAGGGACGACUUCUGCUCAGAGAGCUAUCAUCACUAACUCAGGGUUGGGACGAUGAGCUUCCCAAGAGCAUGGAGUGGGAAACCUGGAGAGACUCUCUGCCGGCACUGACCAAAAUUGAGAUCCCCCGUACGUACGGUGCCAUCUCCCUCAGCUCAGCGUGCCGUAGGGAGCUGUGCAUAUUCUCUGAAGCAUCAACGAAGGCUAUCGCAGCAGUGGCCUGCUUGAGAAGCACAGACCCCACGGGCGAGACUCACGUCGGCUUCGUCCUCGGGAAGGCGAAACUUGCACCGAAACGGGAGCACACGAUCCCGAGACUGGAACUCUGUGGAACUCUGCUUGCGGUAGAGAUGGCGGACGUCAUCGUCAACGAACUGGACGUCAGCCUCGACGCCAUAAAAUUCUACACGGACAGUAGGGUGGUACUGGGAUACAUAUGCAACGAGUCGAGACGAUUCUACGUGUACGUCAGCAACAGAGUUGAGCGCAUACGCAGGUCAAGCCAUCCUGAUCAGUGGAACUACGUUCCCAGCGACAAGAACCCUGCCGACGUAGCCACAAGAACAGUCUCUGCUGGUCGUCUCGCUGAAACAACCUGGCUAACUGGCCCAGACUUCCAGCGUGCGAUAGACAUCCCCAUGUCAGGGACUGCUUGCGACACCUUCCAGCUUGUGGAUCCAGGGGGGGACGAGGAGGUCCGUCCACUUGUCACAACAUUCGCAACCAACGCAUCACUGCAGCUGCAGCUUGGCUCUCAGAGGUUCGAACGAUUCUCAAGCUGGACAAGGCUUGUCAGGGCAAUUGUUCACCUGCAGCACAUUGCGCGUUCGUUCCAGUCCCAGCGUGAUGCCGCGUCCCAACCUUGCAGACACUGGCAUCUUUGUGGCAGGUCACGUACGGACGAAGAACUUUCUACAGCUGAGAAGUUAGUCAUCGCAAAUGUCCAACGCGAUGCGUUCCCGAGAGAGGUCAGAUGCCUUGCGAUGGAACGUGUGGUACCGAAGGACAGCCCUCUUUGGAAGCUGGACCCUUACAUUGACGAGGAUGGCCUCAUCAGGAUCGGCGGACGGCUUCGGAACUCAACCCUGAGCCAAAACGAACGACAUCCAAUUGUCGUACCUCCUCGACAUCACAUCGCCACGUUGCUGAUCUGA